AUGAGUAUUGAUAUAUUUGGACGUUCUUUGAAAACUGUAGCAGUUGUUAGUGGACCUCCAGGAGCUCCAGGAAGAGGAUUUAAAAUAAAUUCCAACGGACAAUAUGAUUUAGAAAACAAAAGAUUAUGUGAAGUUGGACAACCAGUGAACGAUAAUGACGCGAUAACAUUGAAAUUUAUGCGUGAUUUUAUAAAUAAAGAAUUAUCUUUAUUAGAGAGGACUAUAAGAGAAGAUCAAUCAGAAAUUAUUUCCUAUUUACAUUCAGAAGUUGUAUCAUUGAGGACUUCUCUUGAUUUGUUGAAAAAAGAAAAUCAAGAAUUAAAAAGAAAGAAACCGAAACAAGAAGAAUUAGGAAAAAAAAUGGAAGAUAAAAAAUCGGUAAUAGCAUAUGAACUUCACAGACCAGCUCGUAAAAAUUAUCAACGCCGUCAUGUUGAUAUUCGAGGACUUGAUGAGACUUGGCAAGCUGAUUUAGUUGAAAUGAUUCCUUAUUCAAAAUACGCUUGGGCUGUACCUAUAAAUAAUAAAAGUGCUAAUGAUGUAACCAAAGCAAUGGAUUCUAUAUUAAAACACGGAAGAAUUCCACAAAAUCUGCAUGUUGAUCAAGGCAAAGAAUUUUAUAAUCAAGAAUUCCGUAAUCUUAUGAAAAAGUAUAAAAUCAAUAUGUACUCAACAUUUAGUAAUUUGAAAGCAUCUAUAUGUGAAAGAUUUAAUAGAACACUUAAAACUAAUAUGUGGCGAAAAUUCACUGCUCGUGGUACUUAUAAGUGGAUCGACAUGAUUGAUGAUUUAGUGAAUACUUACAACAACACUAAACAUAGAACAAUAAAAAUGAAACCAGCAGAUGUAACUGUUGAUAAUGAACAAGACUUGAAGAAGAGUAUUUACCAACCUCUUACUACGCUGAGAAAAAAAUUACUUAAAAAUAAAUUUAAAGUUGGAGAUAAAGUAAGAAUUAGCAAGUACAAAAAUGUGUACGAAAAAGGUUACACAGCAAACUGGACAACUGAAAUAUUUACAAUAAACAAGGUGCAGAAUACGAAUCCAACGACGUACAAACUUGCGGAUUACCAGGAUCAGCCAAUUGAAGGAGCAUUCUACAGUGAAGAACUCAGCAAAACAAAACACCCUGAUGUGUACCUAGUUGAAAAAAUUGUAAAAAAGAAAGGAAGUAAAUAUUAUGUUAAAUGGUUGGGAUUUGACACCACCCAUAAUAGCUGGAUUAAUAAAACUGAUUUAUAA